AUGGAAAUAACCAGGCACAUUUUAUUUUUUCUCAUCUUACACAUCUGGGCAUUCUACUGUUACGCUAAUGUGACUUCAUUUAAGGUAAGAGAGUCUCAGCUUAACUAAUGGUUUUAAAUUUUAUUCAGUUUUGUUGACCGGUUACUUGGGGCACGAGCGAAACUGGCUCGACACGUGGCCUCAUAGCUCAGCGCACUUUGUUGCUCAGUUUGCACUUGUUCUUCGGUGGCUGGAUGUUUUAAUCUUAAGUUGACCCUUUUUUAAAGUGCAGAGGCAUUCGGGUAGAUAAAUCAGGGCAAACUACCGAUGGAAAAGUUAUAGAAUGCGCUCACUUCCCCAUCAAAAAGUCAUCUUGGCACUCCGAAUGCCAGUUGUGAUUAUAGGAUUAGGAAAAUUAUUUGGGCCCAACUCCAUUUGUCAGCGACUUAGUUUUACUAAUCAGUCAACAAAUCACUCUCAGACUGUCACCAACUAACGUUAUAGCUCAGUUAACUCAUUUACUUGAUGCGGCGCUUGCAUAAGUCAUGCUAAACGAAACAGCGUUUAAUUGCAAGGAAACUCAAUCGGCUUAACGUUUUCUUAUGCAAAUCACCGUCAUGAAAACAAUGAAGUAAAAUGUUCUUGUAUUUCUGUUUGUAAGGUUUUGAAAACAAUGUCAUGCAAAUGUUGUCGGUGGGUUCUGAGUUUGGUUUGUUUUAAUAUGCUUAAAAAGUCCACAUUUUAAGGUAAAAACCGGGGUGGUUUUAGAAUUUAACGUCAGUUAAGUGACCAUUAAGCUUCUGUCAGCAGAAGAAGAAGGCGUCCACGAAGCCUCAUGGACGGCACGUGGCGAACAAGGGUGGGAGGUCUAUUUUAUUUGACCCACACGGCUUGAACAAGACCGAAUCAAAAGUUUCGCCCGUGGCUGUUGUCAACAUCAAAGGCAGUCCACACGAACAAGAAACAAGAAUAGUGUCUGUGCAUUCCAUGGAAAAACUUCGAAGAAGAGAAGAGAAGAGAAGGAGACGAAAGAAAAAGCAUAAGCUUAUGAGAAAGCUUAAGAGAUGGCGAGAGCAAAUAUACCCAGCAAGUGCGUUGGGGGUAAGUAAUUAUUCAGAAAACUUAAUGAUGUGUUUACUCAUGUUGGCCUGAAGCUCUUGGUUGCGCAAAUGUUUUGUUGGGUGAUGUCGAUGGCGGGUGUGUUUCUACUUGAACUAAAAUGCUCGCAAAGUAAAUUCAGUAACGCUAAGAGAUCUAUCUAAAUGUGCACGAGCGUCCCAUUAGUGUUUUCCUGUUGAGCCAUUUAAAAACUAAUUGGGAAAAAAUGACAUCUAAUUGUCCCGGAAUCUCCCGCUUAGCUUGCGUUUCAAUGGGCGGUUAUCCAUUUGCCUUAUCUAUUUCGUUAUAUUCUUUGAACUAAUACGUUAAAAUGGAAAAUAUUAUUUUCACCAUUUGACCUUAGCAUACUUCAACUGCCAAAGAAGAUAGAGAAUCUCUUUUUGUUUGUAUGAAGACAUAUCUUUGCACGGGUCAUUACACAGCAUGAAUGAGUGGGGUCGAAGCAGCUUAUCAAAUCCUUCUAAUGAUAGCCACGAUUGAACAUCUUUCUCAACACCCACUCUCGAAAAAGCGAACUCAACUUUUUACACAGACAAAACUCAAAACUUGUACACAGGCAGAAACAAGCAUGCAUAAUGUCGAAGCCAGUUUUAACUUUGUAAGCAGAAAAGUUUCGCUUGGUUUCAGCUGAAUUCAAUGAGUUUUGUGGAUUUCCGACAAAACAUAUUUGAAAGACUAAAACUCCGCUGGUGGCGAACUGAAAUACUAAUGUAAGAUAUUAAUAGAAUAUCAAUGUGAAAUAUUUAUAGUAUCCGUGAUGUUUUUCAAAUCAUCACAGACGUGAGAGAGCGGUAAACGGUUUACUGAUCAGAGGGUCAAGACAGGGGAGCCAUGACGAAGCAUAAAUUCCAAAAAAAAAAAAAACAGUAAAGGCACACGGCAGAAUUAUUUAUUUUGCAUACGCGACUGGAAAGCUAGGAAAUGGCCUCUACUAAUAACCGAUUCCACUUCUUUGACUGCUUGGUUAAUGUGCAUGGUACACAGAAAAUAUAGUCUUGGCCGCCCAUGUUCCUUAAGUUCCAGUUCAAAGUCCUAUUUUGCUGAAACAGAGCUGUGAUAUGGUGACUGAACUCGUGUAAAAUCUGUCCUUCAUUCGUGUUGUUGGCUGCUUUCUGUUUUUUUGUUAGAAAAAUUAGUUCACCCUAUGGCCAAAUAUCUCCUGGUAAUUAACAAAAAAAUAAUAAAAUAAAAUAAUUAAUUUCUAAAGACUCUAUUCUGUCCUUCAUUCGUGUUUUUGGCUGCUUUCUGUUUUUUUGUUAGUAAAUUAGUUCGCCAAAUAUCUCCUGGUAAUUAACAAAAAAAUAAUAAAAUAAAAUAAUUAAUUUCUAAAGACUUUAUUGAUAAGACUAAGUAAUAUUUCCACUUUUAAGCCCGCUGUCAAGAGCUACACCUGCGAAUUGAUCACUUAAGGUAACAACUACCUUGAGAGAAUAUCACGGUAUCAGAUAUAUCAUUAACUAUAUCCGGUCAUCGCCGUAGGCAACAACUUUAUGACAACGUAAAUUGCGGAGGCGUGGAUCAAAGAACAAUAAGCUCGCAUGGCAAAAUGACUGAAAGGUGACUGCUAACAAAAUUUAAUGAAAUUUUUGUUUGAGGUUCAGUGACUUAAAACACUCGAAAGUCAAUAUAUGCAAACAUUAUUGACAGAGGGAAGCAAUAUCCCUGUUAGUAUUAGAGCGCUUCAAGACAAAGCCACUAACGCCCUAUGCGUUAAUUCGAACUAGACGACACCUGCUAAGUUUUCUCUGCCCUGUAGACCAUACAUAAGCAGCAUGAGACUCAGCAAAUUUGAAACUUUGGUAGGAAGCAAGAAUUUAUUUGACAAUAUUUAUUAGUAUGUCUUUUCACAUUUUAUAGAAAAAUGUAUUGUUUUCAUUUAACACAACUAUUACGUGAUGUUUAUACCGACACCGAUCAUAACCACAACUUUUAGAUCUCUCUCAUUAAAACAAAUGCCCAUAAAAUUGAGUGAAUCGCUCUAAAUUAAGCGCAAAUUUUGUAAUCACUUGUUGGGUGUAUAUUAGCAUGUCGGCCAAGAUACGACUUCGUUGUGCUAUGACUUUGGGCCAAAAAAGAAAAACAAACAUUAUGGUUAUUAUGAUUUUUUGGUAAAACCGUACGAGGAAUAAGAAUCAAACAAAAACCCCAAAAUAAUUGUUUCGUUCAAAUGGAAAUUGCGGUGAUUACUAUACGGUCCCUCAACUAUAAGUCAGAGUGUCUUUGGCUCUCGCGGCCAGGACAGGGACUGCAACUACCACUUGAGAAAAUUAAUUGCACCAACGUUUUCAAGUUAAACUCCAAUGUUGUAGAAAAAUGUCCGACCAAACAUUGAUCAUGCUUUGUUUUGUUAGAUUCAUUCUAGAGUUUUAAGUAUGAAAAGAAAAAAAAAUGAGAAUGUUUUGUUAUCAUCUCAGCUCAGCUUGACCAAAAAAUGUCUAAUUCGCCAUGACACAGUCACUUCCACUCACAUUCAACUGGUGAAGCCAACAACAAAAAUUUAUUAAUAACAAAUAAAAUUACAAAAGUAUUGCCCGCAGCUAGCAAGGCUAUUCGAGGCGGAACAAUGCGUGCAAAACAUAAGAAAUAAAGAAUAAGGCUAUUAACUAAGGAAAGUUUACAGUUACUUACAAUUAAAUGAAAUAAAAAUCGUAAUAUGGAUGAGGACUAGAUAACAGACUAAAGGAAAAAGAAUUAAACAAAUAAAUUGUAAAAGUAGAAACUAAUAAGCAAGAAUUUAUUUUUCGACGUUUUUGGCUAAUUUUUUUACCUUUUUAAUUAAGGUGGGCGAAGCCAAUUUCGUCUCCUGCACAGCUAAAAAAGAAGAGCAUAUUUCCGCCUCUAAAUUUACUAAAAUGAUUUUCAUGGACCUUAGUUAAGUAGCCACUCACCUCAGGUGCCAGCGCGUCGUUUAGUGUGUUUUUUAGUUGUAUUCAGUUUACAGUAACGUUAGUUUAAUAUAGAUCUCAAAUCGCAGUUGAUAUAUGUUUGGCUGCAAGGCUGAAAAUAUGGAUUAUUAUGAUUUGUUUAAAUUAUUAACUCAAAUUCAACUACGUUUAGUAGCUAGUCCCAGGCGCUUAGAUAGGGAGGGGUAGAAGGGGGAACCAUUUUUUUUUCGCCCUCCUCCCAGUAACCCCCCCCCCCCCCCCCCCCCCACCCCCGGGUUUUGUUGUUUUUUUUUUUUCUCCUUUUUUUCUCCCCCCCCCCCCCCCCCCCCACUUUCUCCCCCCGCGAAAGGGACCCUUUAAAAAAAAAAAAUUAUCUUUUAUUAAAAAAAAGUAUUUUUAAAAUGUUUUAAUUGGUGGUUUUACUGUAUUUUCUUCUCUUUUGAUUUUGGCUUCUUUACGUUUUUUAUAUUUUUUUGGUGCAAAGGGUAAAAAUUUGUAUUUUUUUUUUUUUUUAAAAUUUUUAACCAAAAUUAAAUUAGGUUUGGGACUGGGCCCCCGGGGUUUAAAAGGGGGGGGGGAAAAGGGGGACCCUUUUUUUUUCCCCCCCCCCCCCGGAACCCCCCCCCCCCCCACCUCAACGCUUGGUGUUAGUCAGUUCCUAUUCACUUCUCUUUGUUCCCUCCCCCCCUCCCAUCCCCAAUGUUUGAGCCCCGGAAAAGGAUACUGGUAAAAAAGAAAUAGUUUGCAUUGAUAGCAAAAAGUUUAUUUAAAUGACUUUAAUGGCGUGGUUACACUGUAGCUACUUCCGUUUGAUUCGCGCCUUCUUAGUUACGCGUAUUCCUUUCUAUCAGAGCAUCGGCAAGUAAAUUUAUUACCUGUAUUUAAUUGACUUUAAAUAAGUAUUAAUUUACAGUGUUGUAGGACUCAAAUCCGCUUACUGUUGCUUUGUUUAUACCUUUCUAGAACCAAUACCAAUACCCGAAGAGAGAGUGCAGAAAUUGGAUAGACUGUAAAAAAGACGAAUGCUGCAUAAGAACUAGCAGUACUAGCGGGUAUUGCAAGAAAAGGCCGCAAAAAGGGCAGAGAUGUAGACCUAUUUUGUUGGUAAGUUAUGACAACCAUAUUUCCUUCGGGGAGUGAAUUUAUUUAUUUAUUUAUUUAUUUAUUUAUUUCCCCUUGUCGAAUCUAACGCACUAGCCAGUAGAUCCUCAAAAAAACUGACAGAUUCAAACACUUCAGGAAAGUCACGUCCACGAAGGAAAAAUCGUGCGACUUUGCAGCCGGCAAGAUGGAUCCAUUUUGCCCCCUCGGGUUUUUCCGCGUUGGUCCCGCAAGUAAAGGUUAUAAUUUUGCCCAUAUAAUAAAUCCUUUAUUGAACAAGCUUGUUCGGUCUUGAUGACUGAAUAUUGGCCUCGUUCUUUUUUUGCGUUUUUUAUUCAUCUUGGUCAAUAAAAACUCAAAAAUAACCAGGCCAAUAUCCAGCCAUCUUGACCUCACGUAUGGUCAAUAUAGCUUGAAAUUUUAUCCCAACAGCGUGCGCUCUCGUAACAAAUCACUUAAAGACUGGUCCCUUGGAAAACAGUUAAUUUUGUUUCCCUCCAUGCAAUCUCAAUGUUUCCCUCAUUGAUUCUCGGGAAACAAAUUUUUUUAAUAUUCUGGUAGUUUACUUAACUCUUUGUGUGCGUUUCUCUGUUUUCUUUGUUCUUGUGUCCCUGACCUAAACAUUUAAACAUCUUUUCUUUUAACUGGCUGCCUGGCAUUUUAAACUCUUAGGUUAUUUCGGGCAGCCAGCGCCCCUAUCAUCGUCUGUACUAUUGUUAUAAAUUUGGUGAAAUAAAGUGUUGUUGUUGUUGUUGUUGACUUUUUCCGUCGGGACAAGUCAUAAGUGUUCAUUAUUGACCUUAACUUCAGCUUUCUGGACUGACAUUAUCAUUGCAGCCUGGCCUUAGAGACUGCCCGUGUGAUGUAGGGCUAACUUGUACCAGCUAUAAGAAGGCAAAGCGUGGCCUAAAACACAGAUGCGAACGGCUAAUAAUGGAUCCACGAAACUUUGAAGUUGAACAGCGGAAUGUUUCGAUUCAGGGUAAUACUCAAGCCUCGUGAUAUUACGUUUGAACAACUUGGAAGAUGAAAGGAUGAGCACCAUGGAAUCAGGAAUCCAUCCACAGUCACAGUCAAACCGUACGUGGUACAACACUAACAAUUUCUCUGGACCUAACUUUCUUUGCAGUUUGGUCAAAAUUACUUUACCUUGCCAGAUAUUGAUAAGGUCAAGCUUAUUGUGCACUUAACCGUUCACUGAGAAGUGGUAAGCUGUGUGUAAUCUUUCUCCCAAAGAUUGCUUGUACUUGAAGACACUGCAUAGCAAUUAGAACAUUGUGAGACAUUGUGGUUCAUAUAUAUGAAACUUCAUAUACUCACUUUCAUAUGUAAAGCAUUGUUUUCACUUUGCUUGCUUUCUAUCGACGUGUGGCUGCUCGACUAAGCUCACAAACCAUUUCUCAGGCCGAAAACUCUGUUUUCAAGAACCUUGGGUCAAACCGGACAAAUGGUUAGCGGCUUACAAAUUAGCCAUCAGGUUUAGUUAAUUUAUUGUGACUUCUUCAGUAUUUUUCUCCAAAAAUGUUAAGAGGGACUGAUUAUUUAAUUGUUUAGUUACACGCGUAGCAGGGUUUCGUGUGUAGAAGUAAAUGAAAUACACCUUUCUAUUAAUUGUAAAGAGGUAAAUUAGAUAUGUGUUGGGGUAAAUCCUCGAAGACAACGUUGUCUUCUAGUGUGUUCAUAGGUUGCUUAACAUCGGAAACCAAAAUAUGUACUGUGCGCGUGAAUUGCUGUAACUUUAUUGGGGAACAUGGAAUAAGUGGAGAAGGGGAGCAGCCAAACAGGCAACUCAACAUGACAGGAAAUACAAAGAAAGGGUUGUGGUAAAUAGAAUUUUAUGAUGAUGAUGAUGAUGAUGUUUUUUGGGGGAGGGGGUGGGGUUGCCGCGCUGAAUGAGAGUACAAUUCAACAAACCCCUUAGCCACUCCCGAAUUCCAUAACAAUAUUUUUCAAACGUGUUUUGUAACAUGCCCGACAGUCACACAGUCACCCUUACUGACUUCAGCUAAAGAGUAGAGAUGUGGUGUUCAUUUUCUCAUCUCGGAGCUGGGAACUGUAAUAUUUUUGGACGUUAAACCCAUGUUAAUUCGUAGCUAGCCCAGCUGCUUGAUCACCUCAGCAAGUCAGUCAACGUAGAAUGCAUUGUUUUGAAUCGGGAUUAACUAAUUCAUAUUCUAACAAAAUGUAGCUGAAUCUGGGAACUGAAAAAACUGCCUCGACUGUCUCAGAGAAUUAGACCCCAUUUUAUUUUUCUGGGGGGGGGGAGGUACUCCGGAGAAACCUUGGUGGGGGUGUGCCGCCCGGUACUCCAAAUCCUGACGCUAUUUCAGACCCAAAAAUGU